AUGCGGGCUAAGAGAAUUGAAUAUUCGAACAAGAAAGAGAAGAAAAGUCAGAGUAGGGAGCAGAAGUCGGAAGAUAAACCAGGUCGACGGGGGGAAAGGUCGGGCCCCCGAUGGAGUCCAGUUAGGUUCACCUUACUUAAUACCCCUCGGCUAGAGAUCCUGGCUACAAUUGAGAAUGAGGAUUACUUGAAAAAAUCGAGACCUAUGAAGGCCCCGGCUAACAAAAGGAGUAAAGACAAGUAUUGCCGAUUUCAUCGAGAUCAUGGACAUGACAUAGAGGAGUGCCAUCAACUGAAAGAGGAGAUUCAGGAGCUCAUCAAUCGGGGUUUCCUAAGGAGGUUCGUAGCUAAGGAUACUGAGCCACAAAGGGGCGAACGUCAGAGAUCAAGGAGCUCUCCCCGUAGACGUGGUAGAUCCCAGGAAAGGCGCAGGACCAGAACUCCACCCAGGAAAGAGAGUCGCCACAGGAAGGGAAGUCCUCCACAACACUUAAUUUUUCACACUUUAGUCGCUGGGAUGGUGCCAGGCAAGGAGUCGGGAGAAAGUUAUGAUCUAUAUCGACACGUUGGAGUCAAGAGGGCUCGGCCAGAGGACGUUAUCUCUUUUAUGGAUAACGACUUGCUCGGGUAUCCGGUUUCUAAUGAUCCGCUGGUCAUCACGGCGAAGUUGGGAAAAUGGGAGCUUUAG